AUGAAGUACCUUGUGUUAGAGAGGUCAGAUGAAAUCAACCAGUGUUUUGACGAGUACUACCCAAUACAUCAGGCAGCCUUGCAUCACACAAAGUUUCUGGAGCUUCUAAUACAGUGUGGUGCCGACACAAGCGCAAGGACCUGUACACAGCAGAUGACAGUGUUGCAUGUAGUGUUUCUAUUGGGGAAGAAAGGUGCAGAGGAUACCCUUGAAAUGGUAAAGGUUCUCAUGGCUAAUGGGCUCAAAGAACACCUCAACACCGCUGACAGUCUCGGAACUACACCACUACAUGCGCUGAUCGUCAGAUAUGCACUGGAGGAGGCGCGUUAUGGAUACGACCAAGAACCUCCACCGUGGAAUAAGUGGGAUAUGCUCUUAAUAGUUCGCUAUUUACUACAAAAUGGCGCCUCUCCUUCCAUCAACCAGCAUGGCAAUAGUGCACUAGCCUGUGUACUACGCCAGGUGCGUGACUGGGAGUUUCGUUACGAGCUGUUAGAUAUGCUUCUACAUUAUGGAGGGAACCCGAACUUGGUGGGAAGAGACGGGUCUGUCCCCUUGAUGGUCUGUUUGGUCCCCUUGAUAAAUAAAGACCCACUGCAUCACUUCACCCACACCAUGAAGGUGUUCUACUUGAACUGUGUGCGUCUGCUGUGUCGUCACGGAGCAAACCCAAACUGCUCUUCUCGCUCCAACCUCACGCCGCUCCAUGUCCUCAUGUUUACUGCCUCCGAGAAUACGGCUCUGUCCCGCGAGGUUGAGAAGGCCGCUGCAUUUGCAUUCAUACGGCAGCUUUUGGUGAUCCUGCUGCAACACGGCCUGGACCCAAAUGUGCGCUUUUCACAGCGAACGCAGCACAUUCUUCUGUCUAUAAUGGACAUGGUGCAAAAUGCAAGGUCACCCCAUGACCUGGACUACGUGUGUGACCUGACCUUGACCCUCCUGCAGCACGGGGCAGACCCAAAUGUAAACAUUUCCACGACAGAGCCAAUGAUCUGUCACUCGCAGUCCUCGGUGUUCCUGAAAAAGUGCUCCAAUCAGAUACUAUAUUACUACGUUCAGCUUCUAAUUAGGAAGGAUGAACUACUUAACGACCCUGAGCAGCGGUUUGCCAAGCUGUUGAACCUGUACUACCAAUCCAUGAACCACUCAGAGUUGAACCAGUGCUUAAAGAUUCUCUAUACGCAAACUUCUCUGGUUCCCAUGAGGCAACAGCUGGCACAGGUCUUAAGGGAACUCUACACUCAACCAAGAACACUCAAGCAAAUUUGCAGGGUUUCAAUAUACAAUGCAUUAAACCGCCAGACUCAACAAAAGGUGAACAAACUUCCUCUUCCUUUUAUGUUAAGAGAAUACCUCUUGAGCUUCGAGCCGUGAACGUCCCCUCACGUUUCCGUCUCUCCCGUCUCGCCCACCUGACCUGCGGAUGUGUGAGUCACCACGGCGUUAGAGGAAGGCUUGGGCUAUCUCUUCGUGUCCUCGGUUUGUCUCUCUGUCUCUUGGUUUGUGAGGUAUUAGGAAAA